AUGAGCGACACAAAUUUAACGAUUUCAGCAACAAGCGUUUUGGAAAAUCCUUGGACAUUCAUUCCAGCUGAUGAAUCAAUAAAUAAGCUAUCAGAUCUUUCAGUUAUCCAUCAAUUUUACUUUUAUAUUUUCAUAAUUUGGUCUGUGGGCUGGUUCGUUACUUUAAUUUGGUACUGCUUUAGAAUUGUAAACUCAAACAUUCAAAUUAGAUCCCCUAUUCUUACAAUUAUCUGUUCAGUUGGUUCUGAAUUGACACUUCUUUAUAAUAUCAUCCUUACAAUUUUUACAAAUCAGCAUUUCCCUUGCUUCAUUCUCAUGUGGUGCCAGCUACUUCUCUUCCAGUUAAUGUAUAUUCCCCAUUUCCUUAAAUACAUGCGCUAUUAUUUCAGUAUGUACCAAAUGGAGAGAUGGAAGAGUGGCAUAGUCGCCGAUCCAAAAUCAUCAAUUCUGAUUCUAGAAUGGUACUGGAUCGCUAUUCUUGGCAUAGUUCUCUCUGCUCUGUCAGCAGUCGGAAUUGUUUAUCAAUACCGCAACUUAAACGCAUACAUGUCAUCUUUCGGAUGCCACCUUGAGAUGAAAACACUAAUUCCUAUAGUAGUUGUGUACGCGCUCUUCUUUAUUGUUGGAUGUUUCUUAUGUUAUAUUUGCGCUAUUGUCAAUGAUCCUUACAAAAUCAGAGUUGAGUUUAUUACAACAUUUGUAAGCUAUAUUAUUAUUUUACUCCCAGUAAUCAUCAUUUCCGGAAAGAAUGUCGAAGAUGUUCAAAUUUAUGUCGGUCUUUUGCUCUUAUUUGUCUCGAUUACUCAGAUUAUGAACCUCAUUAGGCCGAUCCAUCUAUCGUACGUGCGUCCACCGCAGAAGAAUUCAAGAAAUAAGAUUCUUGACACAAUUGAUGACAUUAUUCUUGAUCCAGAGACAUAUCCGCUUGUCGAACAGAUUGGUAUUGAGCACGAAUCCUCAGAAUGCGUCCCAUUCAUUAGAGAAAUUUUGAGAUAUCGUCUUAUUACAAAUCAAGCGGAUCUUGAACGUCAGGCCAGAUACAUCUUUGAUGAGUACAUACGCCCAGACUCUCCUCAUCAAAAUAACCUUCCUCAUACCAUGGUUAAAGAUAUUGAAGCGAGAAUCCAAGAUCCAACAAGUGAUUUGUUCAAUGGACCUUACAGAGAAAUUAUGAAGCUCCUUAAAACUAACUUCCUCCCUGAGAUUAAGCUUCUUCCUGAAUAUUCCAGAAUUUUACACGAGCGUGAGAUGAAAGCUGAGCAGGAAAGAAAGGCCCAGAGCCUCCUUCUUGGACAGGAAAAUCAAUAA